AUGAAACAUGACAAGGUUGCUACUGCUUUUAUUAUCCAAAAUCAUGAUGCUCAAGUUAUUCAAGCUGGUGGUAAGCUCUUGUCUCUCAUCUCUGUUUCUUAUGCUGAGCUAAUGGCAGUUUGGUUGGGAGUUCAGGCUACUAUGCUUGAGCAUAGAACCACAAAUAUUUGGCUUGAAGAUGAUUCUUCUAUGGUAAUUCGGUGGUUUACUGAUUCCCAUUUCCAUGAUCAGUUGCAUGAUCCUUUAAUUCAAGAUUUACAACAUUGGAAAUUGACUACUACAUCUUUCAAUAUCACUCAUACAUAUCGUGAGGGUAACCAGGUGGCAGACUAUUUGGCUGACUUAGCAUACUUUGGGGAUUUUACAUGA